AUGCUUGUUGCCGUUUCAACCAACGCUGCUAUCAUCUCCGGUUUUGUUGCCUCCAGUAUCGUAUCUCUUAUCGUCAUCGCUGCUUACGGAGGUGUUCCCCACGACGGCAUUUGGCGUAUCUGCUUCGGUAUUGGUAUCAUCCUCCCUCUCGGUAUCUUCUUCUUCCGUCUACGCCUAAUGGACUCGACUCAAUACGAGAAGCACGCCAUUCAACACAAAAUACCUUACAAGCUCGCACUCAAAUAUUACUGGAAGCCUCUUCUUGGAUGCUGCUCCGCCUGGUUUCUUUACGACGCUGUUGUCUACCCUUUCAAUCUCUUGGCACCUACUCUUGUUUCUGGUUUCUCAAGUAACCAGACUAUGCAAGAGUCAAUUGGCUGGUCUGCCCUUGUCAACUUCUUCGCCCUCCCUGGUGCUUUUAUAGGAGCCAUGCUCAUGGACCGCAUCGGCCGACGUCAAACUUAUGCUCUAGGGUGGUCUAUUGUCUGCGUAUUCGGUUUCAUUAUCGGCGGAACUAUGUAUCCUCUCAACAGUCCCACCGCUUUCCCCGCUUUCGUUACUCUCUAUGGUCUCUUCCAGACUUUCUUGUCUGUUGGUCCUGGUGACUGUAACUUUUUGGUGAGCAGUGAGAGUUUCCCUACUCCCCUUCGGGGUCACUUCCUUGGCCUUGCUGCUGCUAUUGGCAAGGUUGGUGCUGCGGUCGGCACAGAAGCUCUCAGCAAGUGCCUUACCAGCUUCGACGACAAGCUCAAGGGUCAGCAAGUUGUUUUCCUUAUCGGAAGUGCUAUCUCAGUUGUUGGAACUCUUUGCGUUUGGUUUUUAAUUCCCAAUCACCCUAAGACGCUUGAGGAAGAGGAUGCUCGUUUCAAGGCCUAUCUGAAGGAAAACGGUUACAAUACCGAUCACAUGGGACUGAAGUCUUGA